ACUUCCUGCUGGGCUGGCCUACACUCAGGCUGUGGGCUGUGGAGAGCUGGGCCGUGGCACAGGCGUGGAGAUGACCUUUUUGGCCUGGCCCCGGCCCUUUCCUUCACAUUGUGAGGCAUGGAUUCUUGCCUCUUCUUUUUCCCCACCCCGAGUCUGUGCCACAUCUGCUCUGGGAAGAUGUGGUCUGUGCUUGGCCAUGAAUUCCCAAGGCUUGAAGCAGCAAGGGCUUUGAGGGAGAGGGCUGUGGGGCAGAAGCAGAGAAGGAGAAAUAAGCCUCCGGCCAAGGUCAGGUUGAGCAGGAGAGCCUUGGGUUCUUUGUGGGACAGCACAGAGCUGGGGGUCAGGCGAGCUGUGCCCAGCAAGUAGGCAGCGGCUGGAUGUGACAAAGACCCAGAGGAGAAACACAGAAGAGGGGAGAGGGUCUGGAAGCUGGGGAAAGCAGGAUGGUCGGGAAGGCCUGGCCUCUCACCCAUUCCCAGGCAAUGGGGCCUUGGGCCCCAGAAGGGCACAGGCGGGAGGCAGCCGACCCCUGGUGGCAGCGGCAGCAGGCACAGGAGGGCAGAAUGCAGCUGGGGUGUGCGUGGGUGGCAGCAAGGAGGGGCGGAGGGAGGAAGCUGGCUUCCUGGAGCCUUCUCAGCCCUCAAAGACAGAACGACAGACAGACAGACAGCUGGCAAGAGGCAGCGUGGGGGCCACAGCUGCUUCAGCAGACCUCAUGGCUGAGUGAGCCUCCCCUGGGCCCAGCACCCCACCCCAGCAUGGUCCAAGCCCAUGGGGGGCGCUCCAGAGCACAGCCGUUGACCUUGUCUUUGGAGGCAGCCAUGACCCAGCCUCCGCCUGCCAAAACGCCAGCCAAGAAGCACGUGCGACUGCAGGAGAGGCGGGGCUCCAAUGUGGCUCUGAUGCUGGACGUUCGGUCCCUGGGGGCCGUAGAACCCAUCUGCUCCGUGAACACACCCCGGGAGGUCACCCUACACUUUCUGCGCACUGCUGGACACCCCCUUACCCGCUGGGCCCUUCAGCGCCAGCCACCCAGCCCCAAGCAACUGGAAGAAGAAUUCUUGAAGAUCCCUUCAAACUUUGUCAGCCCCGAAGACCUGGACAUCCCUGGCCACGCCUCCAAGGACCGAUACAAGACCAUCUUGCCAAAUCCCCAGAGCCGUGUCUGUCUAGGCCGGGCACAGAGCCAGGAGGACGGAGAUUACAUCAAUGCCAACUACAUCCGAGGCUAUGACGGGAAGGAGAAGGUCUACAUUGCCACCCAGGGCCCCAUGCCCAACACUGUGUCGGACUUCUGGGAGAUGGUGUGGCAAGAGGAAGUGUCCCUCAUUGUCAUGCUCACUCAGCUCCGAGAGGGCAAGGAGAAAUGUGUCCACUACUGGCCCACAGAAGAGGAAACCUAUGGACCCUUCCAGAUCCGUAUCCAGGACAUGAAAGAGUGCCCAGAAUACACUGUGCGGCAGCUCACCAUCCAGUACCAGGAAGAGUGCCGGUCAGUAAAGCACAUCCUCUUUUCGGCCUGGCCAGACCACCAGACACCAGAAUCAGCUGGGCCCCUGCUGCGCCUAGUGGCAGAGGUGGAGGAGAGCCCGGAGACAGCCGCCCACCCCGGGCCUAUCGUAGUCCACUGCAGUGCAGGGAUUGGCCGGACGGGCUGCUUCAUCGCCACGCGAAUUGGCUGUCAACAGCUGAAAGCCCGAGGAGAAGUGGACAUUCUGGGUAUUGUGUGCCAACUGCGGCUAGACAGAGGAGGGAUGAUCCAGACGGCAGAGCAGUACCAGUUCCUGCACCACACUUUGGCCCUGUAUGCAGGCCAGCUGCCCGAGGAACCCAGCCCCUGACCCCUGCCACCCUCCAGUGGCCCAGGUGCCUACCUCCCUCAAGCCUGGGAAGGUGGGUCUGGGGAAAGUGGGCCGAGUGAUCUGGGGGUACCCCUUGGGUUGGUGUGGGGAAGGAGUGCCUCCUUAGUGGUGCUUGCAGUCACAGGAAGCAGCAUCAGUAAGGACAAGGGGCCGGAUUCCAGGUCUUCAACACUGGCCACUCCUCUGCUUCCUCUGUUGGCCCCAGAUGGACAGUAAGGGGAACCUCCAAUGUCUCUCUGAACUUAAAGACAGGAGCUGGCAUUUAUGACAGACAAAGAAAGAAGCCCAGGUGUCCUGGUCUUCUCUGAGACACUCUUUGUGAGCUUCAGUUUCCUGUUCUAUAACAUGAACAUAAGUGCUUAGCUGCCAUGAGGGAAAAGUAAUGAGAGAAGUUUCUAGAAGCCACUCCAGCCACUCCUUCCUGGGGCUGACAAAAGGGUGAUUCCAAGAUCAUCCUUCACCCGUGGUCCUGCCCAAGCACAGGCCAGAUGCAAGAAUGGGGAAAAGUCUGGUCCUGAUCUCCAAGUCUCAACAUCCUAGCAGUGACUCUGCUCCCUGACCACACAUCGGAAGGGCUGGAUGACCCCAAUCAAAAGAAAGAACAAGGACUCUGGUUACCCUUGCCUCCACCCAUGUGUCAUAAGAGUAGGCUACAGAGGUGACCAGGCCUGGCAGUUGAAAUCUCUGGAAGAGGGAACAUGUGGGGACUACUCAGAGGCAAAGAGGGGCUGCUCCUGCCUCCAUGGUUGCUGGCCACUCCCACCAACUACUCUUAGGGAGGCUAAGCAGUCUCUGUUUUGCUUCCAUGGCUCAAAUAAUACCCUGGGUAUGCAGGAAGAUAAAAGAAAGAGGCAAGGGGAGAAGAGGAGGCAAAGUGCUCAGUCUGAUUUUAGAUAACCAAUCCCGCCGUGACCCACUAUACCUUGCAUUUGCUGAGUACACCUAGAGAGCUUGGCUGUUUCCAAAAACAAUCAGGGUCAUAACCAUCCAUGCAGACAUGGAGGCUCGGCUGAACCAGGACUCCUCACUGUCUACCUGAGAGAAUGAGCACCCCUCAUCCAUCUCAGCAUCAACACAAUUUCCAGGGGACCUCAGGUCUACCUCAGGACUGAACGCCACACCUCAGGAUUCCUCCUCCUUGAAUCUGAGACUGGCUGCCCAUUCUGAGAUGGGGAUGAAGGUAAGAUGCCGCAUCACCAGGCAUGCCGCCCCUGACAGCUGCCUUGAUACCAGCUCUCUGUGGAAACCCCUGAGGAGCUGGAUCUGGAGAACAGCUGGGCCUCCUCACUCAGGACUUCUCUCCUGAAGAACAUGCAGUGCUAAAACUGAGGAUGAUUUCCCUAAUGCUUCUGCUUGGCCUUAUGGAGGAGCUGCUCCUUCCUUACAGCCUUGGGGAUGGACUUGCCCACACCUCCACCUCCCCUGAGCCCUGUGAGAGGCACGACUGUCUAUGCCAGUGAGGCUCGGUGGGGGGCUCUCAAGUGCCUGAUCCUGCCCUGGGCUUAGAGCCAGCCCAGAGGGAAGCAACUGCACAGCCCCACAGGCCCUCCCUGGCACUGUCCCCCCAACCCCAUCUCAGAGCUCAGAGGGUACAAGCUCCAGAACAGUAACCAAGUGGGAAAAUAAAGACUUCUUGGA